UGGCCCACCUAUAAACGAAACCUACAUAGGCAGACAGAUAGUCGACAGACACACAGAUGAUAAAAUAGACAAACAGGCGGAUAGUCACAUAAACGGACACAUGACAGACAGACAGAUUGGUACACAUGCAGGCAGGCAGGUUGGCCACUUGAAGACACGACCCCAGCGCAAACAUGGCUUUUGUGACAGGCCAGAUCUCUAUCAGAUCAUUUCCAUGACAAAGGUGAAGCGUGACGUUGAAUCUGCACAGACGAUCCAGAAACAAAGAGACAGGCCGCACAAACUGGACAAUCGCAGGCCACAAACUGCCGAUGUUUUCCAUCAAGUCACCAUGUCUAUUGGUGAUGCUCUCUGUUGUGAGAAUUGUGUCGGUAGACUCGUGGUGGCCCGAACACUGCCGACCACAAAUGCUCGCGAAACAUGUACACUUCAUUACGAUGAUCUGCACAUGGUUUGA